CCGAGAGGAAUAUUGAUUUUUAAGAGUAUUCUAAUGUGGUUGUAAUGAUUCAUUAUUAUAUUAAAGUAUACUUUUAUUUUUUUGUGCUCAUAACAACUACUUCAGCAAGGCAAGGUUUUGGGCCAGGAAACCAAGAAUGGGGAUAUGUAACCGUAAGACCAAAAGCUCAUAUGUUUUGGUGGCUUUAUUAUACAACCGCUAAUGCAGAUUUCAAGUAUGAAACUAAGCCCUUGAUAAUCUGGCUCCAAGGUGGCCCAGGAGGCUCAUCAACCGGGAUUGGCAAUUUCCAGGAAAUUGGUCCUCUCGAUGUUCAUAUGAAAUUGCGAAAUUAUUCAUGGGUGAAGGAUUAUAAUUUAUUAUUCAUAGAUAGCCCUGUAGGGUCAGGAUUCAGCUAUGUGGAAUCUGCCGACCUUUUUUCAAGGACUAAUUCGGAAGUAGCAAAAGAUCUUUUAACUUGUAUUGCAGGAUUCUUUCGUAAUAUGACGGUAUUCACGAAAACACCGACGUAUAUUCUUGCCGAAUCGUAUGGUGGUAAAAUUGGAGUUGAGUUUGCUAAUUUGUGGUUUAAGGAUCAGAUAAAAGGAAAAAUUAAAAGUAAUUUAAGAGGUGUAGGCUUAAUUGACUCAUCUAUCUCUGCUAUUGAUAAUUACUCAUUUUUUGCGUCAUAUUUGCUACACUUUGGUUUUAUAGAUAACAGUGAAUUUCAUGCCAUUGACAAAGUAGCUAAAAAGCUAGAGUCAGCAGGCAAAUCAACCGAAUGGAAAAAAGUUGUUAAUCUUACGUUAGAAAUCGAAAAUUUAAUUGGUAAUAUAACUCACGACAUGGAUUGGUAUAACGUGCUCAAGGAAGUUAAUUUAUCGCCAAAGCAUUCUAAUGAUGAAUUGAAUGAACUGAUGAAUAAUAAAGUUAAAAAAGCGUUAAAUUUGAAAAAUUUAUGGAGUUACCAAAGUUUUUACGUUUUCAUGUCUUUGCUUGAAGAUAACAUGAAACCGGUAGUUCACCAAGUUGAGCAGCUGUUGAAUGAAACUUCUCUGAAAGUUUACGUACUAACUGGACAACUAGAUUUCAUUAUCAAUACACCAGGUACGCUUAAAUGGAUCGAUAAAAUGAAAUGGAAACAUACUCAUCAAUGGUUAAAAACUCCUCGAGCCCCUUUAGUCAUAGAUAAUGUGGUUGAAGGUUACAGCAAAGCAUAUGAUCGUUUUAAAUUAUUUUGGGUAAAUCGAGCUGGACACAUGAUUCCGGUUGAUAAUCCGGUGGCUAUGAGAAGUAUUCUGCAAGACCUCAUAAAAUAGCAUGAUUUCGUCUAUAUUAACCACUACGAAUAAAUAUUGUGAUGACAUUUUUUAAAAACAAUGUUUUUAGAUUAAGUUAUAAAAAAACAUUUAAUAACAUUGUAAGUUAUACUUAGUCUAGAUAUUAACGAUACAUUACUUUCAUAACAAUUUUUAACGUACGCGUACAUAAUGUGCGCGUAUAUACAGUAAUUUAU